UUGACCGUUUGAAUAAAGACUUCUCGUAGCAGUUUGUCAAUGUAGCUAGCUAGCUAGUUAGCGAACGCCUGGUUGAGCCAGAUAGCUAGCACAAUCUGGCUAACCUACUUUGCUAAGAUGAACUCCUGUGCCAAAUUGUUCAUUUUGAUAGGCAUCGCAGGAGUUUGUGUUAUCUUGUAUUUGGCCACUUUGGAGGAACAUGUUACAGCGGACCUGAAUUGUGGAAACAGACCAGAGAGACCAUCAACGAUGAUGCCAUUUGACUAUGAUGAUUAUGGUGGUGGUCGGUUCGUUGGUGGCACUCCAAUUGACCCUAGUAUUUGGCCAUGGCAAGUCUCCAUCAUGCACCGUCCGACCGCAGCAGAUCCUUUUCAGCAUCACUGUGGAGGAGCCAUCAUCAGCCAGGACUGGAUACUGACAGCUGCCGUAUGUGUUCAUGCACCACAGCAUCGCCUUUCAAGCAACCUGAUAGUCAAAGCUGGGACCACGGAUGCAAACCACAAUGACGCGAACACACAGGAAUUACAAAUUGAGAGGAUAGUCCCGCACAAACGUUUUAAUCCUAUCACACUGCGAUACAACAUUGCACUUCUGAAGUUGAAACCCCCCCUUGUAUUCAACACCUUUGUGGAUGGAAUUUGCAUCCCAGAUAAUUCCAAUGUUGAAGAACAUCAGUAUGGUAUCUGCCACAUCACAGGCUAUGCAGGGCCCAAUGCAAACACCAGCAUUUUACAAGAAGCAGAAGUGAAGAAAAUUGGCAAUCCCAGGUGUAACAUGCCUACCUGGUGGAACUACAAAGUGGCUAGGGACAUGUUUUGUAUGUCUCAUCCCAGUGGCAUGGGUGGUCCUGAUGGUUGUGAGAUGAAUCUUGGGGGCCCUGUGAGCUGCUUCAUGCCUGCAAACAACCGCUACUACGUCUAUGGGGUGCGGGUGUAUACCAAGGACUGUGGCGUGCCUCGGCGACCCAACAUUUACCUCAAAGUGAGCAAUCAUUUCUACUGGAUUCAAAGAGAAGUUGGGGACAGCGCCCCCCCAUCCGUGCACCAAUUCACGAGCCUCUAUACCCUAGCCUCCACCCCAGUGGACCCCCAUAGCCAGCCUCCACCCCAGUGGACCCCCAUAUAG